UCCCAUAUCCCAUAUCCCUCCUCCGUAUCCCCGCCCCGUGUCCCGCUGGUUCCGUCACGGGGGGAAACUGAGGCACAAAGUGGGGGGGGUGGGGUUGGAUUCUCCCUCCCGGUGCUGCAUCGCCGCCCGAAGCCGGUAGGGGACGCCGCUGUCCCCCCCCACCCGGGGCAGAUAAAGGCGGCGGCGGCGGCGGCGGGGACGGCAGAGCGGUACCGGCAGCACCGGGGCAGCACCGGGAGGGACGGCGGGGCCGGGGGGGGGCAUGGCGCGGCGGCUGCUGCUGUGCUGUGCUGCCCUGCUGGCGGCAGGGACAGUCCAUGGCCAACAAGCACCAGCAGCACAGCACCAGCCCGGCUCGUCCAUAGGUGUCACCACGUGGAUGAGUGAGGUGCCUUCACUCAGCUCAGGAGCAGCUGAAGUGCAAAUAUUGCCACGGGACAGAGCUCCCAGCAGAGAGAGCUCAGCUCUGUCUGCAUCUCACAGCACUGCAACGGGAGCUGCAACUGCGACCCCAAGCACUGCAGCAGCUGAACCUCCAUCCAGCCCUAUAGGAUCACCAUCUCCAUCCAGCCCUACAGGAGCACCAUCACCCUCCAGCCCUAUAGGAUCACCAUCACCCUCCAGCUCUAUAGGAUCACCAUCUCCAUCCAUCCCUACAGAAGCACCAUCUCCAUCCAGCCCUACAGGAUCACCAUCACCCUCCAGCUCUAUAGGAUCACCAUCACCCUCCAGCUCCAUAGGAUCACCAUCUCCAUCCAGCCCUACAGAAGCACCAUCAUCCUCCAGCCCUAUAGGAUCACCAUCACCCUCCAGCCCUGCAGCAUCACCAUCUCUUCCCAUGACAUCAGACUCAGUACCUCUGACCACAGCCCCAUCCAACCCCCCCACCACAUCGGCUCCAUCUGACCUGACCACCGUACCCAACUAUCCGUGGUCCUCAAGCAGAGCAUCAGCCCCGUCCUCUCCUGGGCAGCCCACCCCCACUCCCAUCUCUGCUGUGCCCCCUGCCAGCCCCACUCCUGGCACUGCCUCAGCUCUCAGCUCCAGCACUGUGCGGCAGCUCGAUGCUGGCAGCCUGGCCCAGCUCCAAACCCAACCCGGGCCUGGUGGUGGUCGUCAGCCUGUUCGUGGUGGUGCUGGUGGGGGCCGUGGCCAUGCUGCUGGUGCGGCUGUGCCGCUGCGGGAAGCCCCAAUUCCAACGGCUGGACGAGGUGCCCAUGGGCAAAGUGUCAGAGGAGUCCCCCUUCGCCCGUCACCCCCCCAGGUGACCCCGCUGUGCCGAAUAAAGACGCUGCAGCCCUGGCUUUGGUUUCCCAUCUGCGCUGCACCCCCCGUGGCCACGAUGCGACGGAGCCGCACAGCGCUGCCCUUCCUGAGCGCGGAGCGCUGCCGCGAUGCCGCCGAGGCCGCCCCGUCGGGGUCACUGCCGGGCGCCGUCCGCCGCCGCUUCUCCGGGACUCCGCUGCUGCCUCCGCUCGGCUGCCGGGGGGGCCCCGAACCCGAGAGCUCCCGCGUGGUGUUCACCAUCGAGGAGAGCGGCCCCAGCAGCGGUGACGAGGCCGAUCCCCCCCGCUUUGACCUGGAGAAUGGCCCCCCAGGCAGGGGCCCGCUGGAGCCGCAGUGCAGUCCGGGCGCAGGGCUGGUUCUGCAGGGCGCCUUCACCCACAGCCAGCGCCGCGAGUCCUUCCUGUACCGCUCAGACAGCGACUACGACUUGUCGCCAAAGACCAUGUCCAGGAACUCCUCCAUCGCCAGCGACCUACACGGGGAAGACCUGAUCGUCACCCCCUUCGCCCAGGUCCUGGCCAGCCUGCGCACCGUGCGCACCAACGUGAUGGUGCUGCUGCACCUCCAGGAGCGUGUGGGCACCAAGCGGGCAUCGAGCAGCAGCAGCCUCCCAUCUGCCAGCAGGGCCGGCCUGUCUGCAGAGGAUGCUCAGCAGAAGCUGUCGCUGGAGACCCUGGAGGAGCUGGACUGGUGCCUGGAGCAGCUGGAGACGCUGCAGACACGGCACUCGGUCGGCGAGAUGGCGUCCAACAAGUUUAAGCGGAUGCUGAGCCGGGAGCUCUCCCACCUCUCGGAGAGCGGCCGCUCGGGGAACCAGGUGUCUGAAUACAUCUCCAGCACCUUCCUGGACAAGCAGCACGAGGUGGAGAUUCCCCCAGCGCUGCACAAGGAGAAGGACAGGGAGCGCAGGAAGCGGCCGAUGUCGCAGAUCAGCGGCGUGAGGAAGCCGGCCCACUGCCCCCGCCUGGCCGCCAUCCCUCGCUUCGGGGUCCGCACGGAGCAGGAGGGGCUGCUGGCCAAGGAGCUGCAGGACACCAACAAGUGGGGUCUCAACAUCUUCAAAGUGGCCGAAUACUCAGGAAACCGCCCGCUGACGGUCCUCAUGUACAGCAUCUUCCAGGAGCGUGACCUGAUGAAGACGUUCCGCAUCCCCGCUGACACCUUCCUCACCUACAUGCUGACGCUGGAGGACCAUUACCGCGCCGACGUGGCGUAUCACAACAACAUCCACGCUGCUGAUGUUGCCCAGUCCACCCACGUCCUCCUCUCCACCCCUGCACUGGAUGCCGUAUUCACCGACCUGGAGAUCAUGGCAGCCAUCUUCGCCAGCGCCAUCCAUGAUGUUGACCACCCCGGUGUCUCCAAUCAGUUCCUCAUUAAUACCAACUCAGAGCUGGCGCUGAUGUACAACGAUGCUUCGGUGCUGGAGAACCAUCACUUGGCUGUGGGCUUCAAGCUGCUGCAGGAGGAGAACUGUGACAUCUUCCAGAACCUGAGCAAGAAGCAGAGGCAGUCGCUCCGUAAGAUGGCCAUCGAUAUGGUGUUGGCCACAGACAUGUCCAAGCACAUGAGCCUGCUGGCGGAUCUGAAAACGAUGGUGGAAACCAAGAAGGUGACCAGCCUGGGGGUGCUGCUGCUGGAUAACUACUCCGACAGGAUCCAGGUCCUGCAGAACAUGGUGCACUGCGCCGACCUCAGCAACCCCACCAAACCAUUGGAGCUGUACCGGCAAUGGACCGACCGCAUCAUGGCCGAGUUCUUCCAUCAGGGUGACAGGGAACGUGAGAAGGGGAUGGAGAUCAGCCCCAUGUGUGAUAAACACACCGCCUCCGUGGAGAAAUCCCAGGUGGGAUUCAUCGACUUCAUCGCCCACCCUCUAUGGGAGACCUGGGCCGACCUGGUGCACCCUGAUGCCCAAGAGAUUCUGGAUACACUGGAGGACAACAGGAACUGGUACCAGAGCAUGAUCCCACAGAGCCCCUCGCCCCCACCCCAGGUGGGGUCUGAGGAGCCCCCCGCAGCCCCCAGCAAGUCCCAGUUUGAGAUGACACUGGAGGAAGAGGUGGGAGGGUCAGACACGGAACCGGAGGGACCCGAGAGCCCUUUGGAGGAGGACAACAGCGGCUCCAAAGCAUCGGCUACGGAUGAUUCGGAGUCAGCCGACACUGAACGUUUAUCACCUGGCUCUGGGGAUGUGGACAACAGGAGAGUGUUGGAGGGGACAGUGCCAAAGGACAGGGCUGGUGGUGGGUGCACAGCGCCGGACCCCGAGAGCCACAGGGAGCUGUGCCUGGACACGGAGGGCAAUGUCACAUUCCUGCCCCUGGGCACGUAGCAGCCUGGCUGGAGGGUCCCAUCGAUGCUCUGGGGAUGUGGGACUGGGCACUGCCCCACUGAUGGCCGUGGGCAGGUCCUGAUGGCAAUGAGGAUGUUGCUCACCCCCUCCCCUGCUUCCACCCGGCAUCCAGCUGCUGGGAAAGGUCCCUGUGACCACAAACAGGGCUCGAAGAUGCUGCUCCUGCCCCAUCCCAGCCCCGGGCACGCUGUACCCCGCAGCACAGUGCAGCCAAAAGCCUUUUGGUGUCACAUUGGCACACGGCAUUCGCUGUCCUGGCACGGCAGCACGGGUCGGAGCUGUAUUUAUUUAGGGACGGAUUCACUUUUUAAAGCCUUUUUGUAGCUCACCAGCCUCACCCGGACAAAGCACAGCAGGAGCUGCUCCGAUCGCUCUCACUGCAGUGAGAAGGGUUUACUUCCUUCACCCUCCAGAUAUUAAACCUGGUUUGUUUCUCCCCCCCUUCCCCGAACGGACCGUGCUCCUCUCGUGGGUCCUGCGGGCACCGUGCGGGGGUCGCGAUGCGUUCGGUGGCCCCGAGACCCCGCUGGGAGCUCGGAGGGACGCGUUGUGCGUUCGAACAAAGCCGAAUUCCUGCCUGGAAA